AGUCAAUCUAUAGUUUUGGUUUCAUUCAAUUUUGUAGGGCCUUUCGUUGCCCAACGAUCUAAUGUACAACAUGAUGCCUGUGGAGCCGCGUCGGGUGACGAGGAAUUGGUUUCCGCAAAACGACACGGACGGUGUUAAGCGACAGAUUGAUGCGGUUAAUUUCCCAAAAAUCAACUUCAUCAGCGAUCAUCUGCACGUCGUCUGCCACAAUCUGUUGCCCAGCAAGCCAAUGGGCAUUCCCAGUCCGUUGGUCAUUGUGGGCUUCUCUGAUAUAUGUCGGGCCUUCCUGCGCCAUAUUAUCUUUGGUUGGAACAGUAAAGACUUUGCCAAUUUCAAGCGAUACAACUGCCUGCCCAUGGUCGAUAUCACAGUGAUAGUGCCACAUGGCGUGGUGGAGGCGGCCUAUGAUUCCGACUUCAGUUGUAGCUAUUGUCAGGGGAGCUAUGUGAGCAUUGGCUCCAGCAGUCCCUUUGUGAAGGACGCCACGCACCGACUGGAUCUGCGGCACUGGGUGCAGUUUGUUCCUGGCAAUCUGGAGUCUAUCGAUCGGACUGAGAAGGUGAUUCGCUUGUCGGACAGCUGUAAUAUCCACUACGAAAAGUUACUUCUGCUAAAAGACAUUAGGUACGGGUUAAAAGACGAGGACACCACUGUCGCAAUGCCGCACAACUAUUCAGUCAUUAAUUAUCGCCUCGACAAAGUAAUACUCUACCACAAGCUGCAGAACUUAUUUGAGAACGAUUACCUGUGCACUCCGAUUAUCAUUUAUGGCUAUAGUCUGGCCGUGUACGAGUGCAUAAACUUUAUUGCUACCCAUGGCUGCAAGCCAAAGGACAGCCGCAUAUUCCGGUGGUAUCCGAACAAAUCCUUUAUCCCAGAGAGGACGCUGGGUUGGAUCCGAUUCUCAUAG